ACAGUUUUUAAGACGGAUAUGGGCACAAUGUCUACCCCCUUGUAUUAUUGCAUCCAUCUUUAAAGCAUAUCACAUUACAUUUUCUCCUUCACUUUGGGGCCAUUCAUCACUCUGUCACAAAUUUUCUCCGAUUUUCCUCUCCUUUCUCACGGUUUUUGAUCGGAAUCAACUGUUGCUAAGCUGUUUCAGCUACAGAUUUUUCGAUUAACAGAGUAAGCACGUCUAGAUCUAGUCUACUUAGGUUGACAAUGGCUCAGAAGACACAUCUCCAUGGCACUCUUCAUGUAACGAUCUAUGAAGUCGAUAAAAUUCAUGUUGCUGGUGGUGGUAACAUAUUCUCCAAGAUUGUGGCUAACAUAGAGGAGACUAUCGGAUUUGGAAAGGGAACUCCGAAAAUGUAUGCAACUGUCGAUCUCGAAAAAGCCCGAGUUGGGCGAACCAGAAUGAUUACCGAUGAGCCUGAAACCCCGAAGUGGAAUGAGUCAUUCCACAUUUACUGUGCGCACUCAGCUUCUAACGUCAUAUUCACAGUCAAAGACGAUAAUCCCGUCGGUGCAACCUUAAUUGGGCGGGCUUAUAUCCCCGUUGAAGAAAUCUUAGACGGUGAAGAAUUGGAUCGAUGGGUCGAGAUUCUAGACGAAGAUAAAAAUCCUAUAAGCGCAGGUUCUAAAAUCCACGUAAAAGUACAGUAUUUCGAUGUUACACAAGAUCGUAACUGGGACCGUGGAGUUAAAAGUGCUAAAUAUCCCGGAGUUCCGUACACGUUCUUUGGUCAGAGAAACGGAUGUCGGGUUUCGUUAUAUCAAGAUGCGCACGUCCCCGAUGGUUUCAUUCCUAAAAUACCCCUUGCUAACGGGGAAUUUUACGAGCCACAUAGAUGUUGGGAGGAUGUGUUUGAUGCGAUAACCGACGCGAAACACUUUAUUUAUAUUACGGGGUGGUCGGUUUACACCGAGAUAACUUUGAUACGCGAUUCGAGGCGGCAGAAGGCGGGAGGUGACGUUACACUCGGUGAGCUUCUAAAACGAAAAGCGAGUGAAGGUGUUCGCGUUCUUAUGCUUGUUUGGGACGAUAGAACAUCUGUGGACAUAUUCAAACGAGACGGAUUAAUGGCUACGCAUGACGAAGAUACCGAAAACUAUUUCCAAAAUACCGACGUUCAUUGCGUUUUAUGCCCCCGUAAUCCUGAUGACGGUGCAAGUUUCAUUCAAGACCUUCAGAUUUCCACCAUGUUCACUCACCACCAGAAAAUCGUAGUGGUGGACGCCGCGAUGCCGACUGGCGACUCAACGAACCGCCGCGUGGUGAGUUUCGUUGGCGGCAUUGAUCUCUGUGACGGGCGGUAUGAUACCCCGUUUCAUUCGCUUUUCCGAACGCUUGAUACCGCCCACCAUGACGAUUUCCACCAGCCGAACUACACCGGCGCUUCCAUAACCAAAGGCGGGCCCCGCGAACCGUGGCACGACAUACAUAGCCGGCUCGAAGGACCCGUUGCGUGGGACGUUUUGUUCAACUUCGAACAACGGUGGAAAAAACAAGGCGGGAAAGACAUUCUUGUUAAUUUACGAGAACUUGACGGCAUCUUAACGCCACCUUCUCCUGUAAUGUUUCCAGAUGACCAAGAAACAUGGAACGUUCAAGUGUUCCGAUCGAUUGACGGUGGGGCCGCUUUCGGGUUCCCGGAUAGUCCCGAAGAUGCGGCUAACUCGGGUCUAGUCAGCGGGAAAGAUAACAUAAUCGAUAGAAGCAUACAAGAUGCGUAUAUUCAUGCUAUAAGGAGAGCUAAACGUUUUAUCUACAUCGAAAAUCAGUAUUUUCUCGGAAGCUCGUACGCAUGGGAGUUUGAUGAUGUUAAAGGCGAAGACGUCGGUGCGUUGCAUCUUAUCCCGAAAGAACUUUCGUUAAAGAUUGCGAGUAAGAUUCAUGCCCAUGAAAAGUUUACGGUUUAUGUUGUGGUCCCGAUGUGGCCCGAAGGGAUACCCGAGAGUGCAUCGGUUCAAGCGAUAUUGGAUUGGCAAAGGAGGACUAUGGAGAUGAUGUAUAAAGAUAUCGUUCGGGCUCUUGAAGCCGAGGGGCUUCAGGAUGACCCGAGAGAUUAUCUCACUUUCUUUUGCCUUGGGAACCGUGAGGUGAAGAAGAGCGGCGAAUACGAACCAUCUGAACGGCCUGACCCGGAUUCGGAUUAUGAAAAAGCACAAGCGGCUCGCCGGUUCAUGAUCUAUGUACAUGCCAAAAUGAUGAUUGUUGAUGAUGAAUACAUAAUAGUCGGAUCUGCAAACAUCAACCAACGAUCCAUGGAUGGUGCACGAGACUCCGAGAUCGCAAUGGGCGCCUACCAACCAUACCACUUAUCAACCCGCAGUGAACCCGCAAGGGGUCAGAUUCACGGGUUCCGUAUGGCUUUAUGGUAUGAACACUUAGGCAUGCUCGACGACACUUUCCAGAACCCAGAAAGCACCGAGUGUGUGAAAAAAGUUAACCACAUGGCCGACAAAUAUUGGGACCUUUUCGCUAGUGAGAAUCUUGAACAAGACCUGCCCGGUCACUUGCUUCGUUACCCGAUCGGGGUUGCUAGUGAAGGUAAUGUGACCGAACUGCCCGGAACCGAGUUUUUCCCUGAUACGAAAGCUCGUGUUCUUGGUGGUAAAGUUGAUUACCUUCCUCCAAUUCUUACCUCAUAGGAAGGUAAAAAAGGUAUGCAUUUUUAUGUUAGUUGUGUUGUUUAUGGUUAUAAUAAGGUAUGUUUGUUGGUGGUGUUUGGUUUUGGGAGGCUAUUAUGUGUAUGUGUAAUGCAGACUUCUUGUUUUUAACUAUGUGGUAUUGUAAUCAUGUCUCCGUGACCGUGACAAGGCUAAAAUGGCGUGGGUUUGGUUAGUCGAAUCCAUGUUUUUUUUUUAAA